CCGUCCUCCGGGUUUUCCAUGGAACUGGGCUUGGGGUUUCGAGUUUCAGCUCCUCCUCGAAAGCCAUCCCGCUGGGCCCUCCCUCCCGGUCCUCCAAGAUGGAGCCUCUGGCCGCGCCGCCCCUGCGCUGCUCGGGGCCGAGGGCCAAGGUGCUGGCCGUGCUGCUGUGCCUGGCGCUGUGCGCGGGGACGCUGCUGCUGCUGCAGCUCAGGGCCCGCCCGGCCCGGCCCGGCGGCUUCUACGCCUUCGAGGUGAAGGACGCCGCGGGCCGGCCCGUCUCCCUGGAGAAGUUCAAAGGCAAAGUCACGCUAGUUGCCAACGUGGCCAGCGACUGCCGGCUCACCGACAGCAACUACCUGGCGCUGCAGGCGCUGCACCGCGAGUUCGGGCCCUUCCACUUCAGCGUGCUGGCCUUCCCCUGCAACCAGUUCGGGGAGGCCGAGCCCCGGCCCAGCAGGGAGGUCGUGUCCUUCGCCAGGAGCACCUACGGAGUCACCUUCCCCAUCUUCCACAAGAUUAAGAUCCUGGGGCCCGAAGCAGAGCCCGCAUUCCGCUUCCUUGUGGAUUCUUCCAACAAGGAGCCGAGGUGGAACUUCUGGAAGUACCUGGUCAGCCCCGAGGGCCGCGUGGUCAGGUCCUGGAGGCCCGAGGAGCCCGUGGACGCCAUCCGGCCUGAGGUGGCCGAUCUGAUCCGGCAGAUGAUCAUUCGGAAGAGGGAGGACCUCUGAGAAGGCAGGAGUCGCCGCCACACAGUCCUAGCCCAGUGUCUGUCUCCUCGGCGGGCGGCGCGGCCCGAGUGCAAACCCGGGCGGGCAAGGCGGGCGCUGCGGGGCUUCUUGCGGCCGUGCUCCUGAUGAGCGUCCCAGAGCAAACACAGGGCGUCCGGGGCCCCCGGGGCGCACUAGGCCCUGUGGCCGCACCGAGCGAGCAGGACGGCCCCCGCGUGCGUCAUGUCCUGUUGCUCGACACUCCCUAGGCCCCUCCUGGACGUGCCACACAGACCACCGAGCGCCAGACACCGUGCGACUGAAAUGUGUAACUAACUGUAAAUGACCGUUUUUAUGUAAUAAAACACAAAAUAAACGUUAUAAAGUACAUAUACAUUUAGAUCCAAA